AUGGCUACUGGCUUAGUAGCGGGUAUGGGUGUGGGGCGUAUGUUGGGACUGAUUGGGAAAGAUGACGGCUCUAUGGGAUCGGUAAGGGCUAGGAGGGAAGUGAUGGAACAGGAGGAGGUGUGGACGUGUAGGCUUGAGGAAGGAGAUGGGGUGGCGGAUGAAGUGGCAGCGGUGCAGCGACAGGUUGGAAACUUAUCACCUAGGGGCGGGGGCGUUGAGGUGCGGAUUCAAGAGGGAUCAUCACCGGUGGCCGUGUUGCACCUUGACCCGGUGGUAUCUUCUAGCAAUUUUGAACAAGAGGUAGAUGGGUUGGGGAAGGCGUUUUUGGCUAAGGGCGCGGCAUUCGUGCUGGUAUUGGCAGCAAAGCUGAGGGGUAUGAAACAGGUACUGAGGCAAUGGUCUAAACUUUCGUUUGGAGAUAUUUUUGAGACAGUCCGGGGCGCUGAGCGCGAUUUGGUGGAUAUAGAGACAAAGUAUGACUUAGAUCCGUCGGAUGCCUUGCGAAAGAAGACGUCGGUCAGUGAUUCAUCGAGUGAGGAGGUCAACGGAGAGUGGCUCGACGAGGAGUCGCAGAUUGGUGAAGCGGCGGUUAGUUUCUUCCAGGAGCUUUUCACGGUGGAGACAGUUAUCCCAGCAAAUGGGCCGGAUGGGUUUACGGGGAAGUUCUUCACUUUUACGUGGGAGGUGGUUGCCAUGGAUGUGUAUCGGGCAGUGGUAAGCUUUUUCUGUGGGAUCGAAAUCCCUAGGAGCAUCACGGCAACAUCGAUUGUGCUACUGCCUAAGGUGGAACACCCUCAGGAUUUCACUCAAUUUAGGCCUAUUAGUCUCUGUAAUUUCGCUAAUAAGAUCAUUUCAAAACUUCUUUCGGAGAGACUAGCUAAGAUAUUGCCCCGUCUCAUAUCUCCACAGCAGAGUGAAUUUGUGAAAGGGAGACAGAUUGCGGAUAACAUUUUACUUGCUCAGGAGUUGGUGUCAGACAUUACGAGGUCUAAUCGGGGUGGGAACGUGGUGAUUAAGUUGGACAUGAUGAAGGCGUACGAUAGAGUUUCGUGGCCGUUUCUGCUACAAGUUCUUUGCUGCUUUGGGUUCUCUGAGACCUGGAUUGAUAUGAUCUGGCACCUGGUUUCUAACGUCUGGUUCUCGAUUUUGGUCAAUGGCGCACCUCAAGGAUUCUUUAAGUCAUCACGGGGUCUCCGGCAAGGGGAUCCCAUCUCACCGGCCUUAUUUGUCCUCGGCGCUGAGGUGCUAUCUCGAGCCUUGAAUACGGUGGCCACUGAGCGACAGUUUGUUCCUUUUAAGGUUCCUCCUCGGUGCCCUGUUGUAACGCACUUGGCGUACGCCGAUGAUGUUAUCAUUUUCUCUAGUGGUGCGCGGUCCUCUUUAACUCUGAUUAAGAGGGUCCUGGAAGAGUAUAGUAUGACAUCGGGACAGCCGAUCAAUUCACAGAAGAGUUGCUUCUUGACUCAUCCAAGGUUUCUGGCUCCGAAGGCAGCAAUGAUUGGCCAGGUGCUAGGGUUUCAGAGGCAGGCGUUUCCGGUAAGGUACCUUGGAUGUUCUUUGUACAUGGGACGGAGGAAGAAGAUCUACUUUGCGGAUGUUUACAAUGCGGUGGUGGCUCGGAUCUUAUCAUGGAAGCAUAAACUUUUAUCUAUAGGAGGUCGGGUGGUGCUAAUUAAGAGCAUGUUAGCCUCAAUGCCCGUACACUUACUCAUAGCCGCUUUUCCACCAAAGGGGGUCAUUGUGGCAUUGGAAAGGGUGUUCGCUGAUUUCCUGCAACAGAAGUCACUCUGGGCAGAGUUCAUGGCAGGUAAAUAUUGUGCCGGUUUACAUCCUUGCCUGGCGGAGGCAAGCCAACGGGGAUCCCUCACGUGGAAGAGAAUGAGUUCAGUGGAGAUCUUCCAUGACCACCUGGUUGCUGAUUUUGUUGACCGUAGGGCUUGGAACAUUGUCAUGCUUAAUCAGUAUUUGGAUGCAGGUUUGGUGGCGCGCGUCCUAGCUAUGGACCCACCAAUCUUUCAAGGUCCUGAUAGAAUGGUUUGGGCUUUGACACCAUCUGAUAGUUUCUCCACGGCAUCAGCUUAUUUCCUGGUCCGACAGGGUGGCCACAGAUCAUGGAGUGUGGCAGCCAUCUGGCACCAGUGUGUUCCCCUUAAAAUCUCUUUCUUCAUGCUGCGGUUAUUGCAGGACAGGCUCCCCACCAUGGACAGACUGAGGGGUGCUAGGGUUCAGGGCCCUUCUCGCUACUGGUGUUGCCAAGAACCUAGGGUGGAGGACUUGGAUCACAUUUUUUGUGCUGGAGAGGGGGCAAAACGAGUCUGGCGUCACUUUGAGAUACGUCCGGGGGAAAUAGAGGCGGUACAUAUGGCGCGGCAUAUGAUUUGGCUUUGA